AUGAUCCUCACGAACGGCAAUAAGCGCAUCCAAGAUGCCCCAGAACCUAUCGCGAUCGUUUCUGCGGCGUGUCGAUUACCGGGGCAUGUGAACAGUCCGCACAAGCUAUGGGAACUUCUUCAGUCUGGCGGCAUUGCCGUUUCCAAUGAGGUGCCCAAAUCUCGUUUUAGUUCAGAGGGCCAUUUCGACGGGUCAGGCAGGCCCGGCACCAUGAAAGCCCUGAGCGGCAUGUUCAUCGAGGAUAUCGAUCCUGCCGCCUCUGAUGCUUCCUUUUUCAACCUCACCCGGGCUGACGCUAUUGCCAUGGAACCCCAGCAGCGCCAGCUGCUUGAAGUAGUAUACGAGUGCUUCGAGAAUGGUGGUAUACAGAUUGAGAAAGUGAGUGGGAAACAAAUAGGAUGCUAUGUUGGCAGUCUGAACGGCGAUUACCACGACAUGCAGAUGCGAGACCCUGAGCAAAGGAUGUCGGGUCAUGCGGUUGGCACGGGUCGUGCCAUACUGAGUAACAGAAUUAGCCACUUCUUCAACCUACAAGGAUCUAGUUUCACAAUUGAUAUAGCGUGCUCUAGCGGCCUUGUGGGAGUAGACGUAGCCUGCAAGAAUCUACGCGCGGGGACACUGACCGGAGCAGUCGUGGCAGGUGUCAAUCUGUGGCUAUCGCCGGAACACACUGAAGAAAGGGGCACUAUGCGGGCAGCGUACUCGGCUAGUGGCAAGUGUCACACCUUCGAUGCUAAGGUUGAUGGUUACUGCCGAGCGGAGGCUGUUAAUGCUGUGUACCUGAAGCGUCUAUCAGAUGCUGUGAGGGACGGCGAUCCUAUCCGCGCAUUGAUUCGGGGGACAGCGAGUAAUAGUGAAGGGUGGACUCCCGGGAUCAACAGCCCUAGCUCCGAAGCGCAAGCGGCGAUGAUUCGCGAAGCUUAUAGAAAUGCUGGUAUCGACAGCAGCGAGUACGCCGAGACGGGAUACCUCGAGUGCCAUGGAACUGGUACACCGGCGGGAGAUCCUAUUGAAGUCAAAGGCGCGGCGUCAGUGCUUGCUCACAUGCGCCCAGAAGCGAACCCCUUGAUUAUCGGAUCUGUAAAAAGCAACAUUGGGCACUCGGAGCCAGGAGCAGGUCUCCCGGGUCUCAUCAAGGCGAUGCUGGCUGUCGAGGAGGGCAAAAUCCCCGGAAAUCCUACAUUCUUCAACCCAAAUCCUGCCAUCGACUUCGAUAACCUCCGGGUACAUGCCACACGAAUAAGUAUUCCUUGGCCCAAAGAAUCCAACCACUACAGACGUGCAAGCGUCAACUCUUUCGGCUUUGGAGGCUCCAAUGCACAUGCCGUACUAGACAACGCGGAUCAUCACUCAGCGCCAACAAAGAGUGGACAUGCCAGUAAGAUCGCAGUGGACGAGGCUCAGUUUUCCAAGACACCGCAAGAGGCAACAAGAACCGGCUUCGUUUUCACGGGCCAAGGCGCGCAGUGGUCACAAAUGGGGCUGGAGCUAGUCAGAACAUUCCCAGAGAUAGCUAAGCCCGUCCUCGAGCAGCUGGACAGCGUGCUGCAGGAAUUGCCAGGUGACCUCAAGCCAGAGUGGUCGCUGCUGCAAGAGCUAACGGAAGCUCGCUCGUCUGAGCAUCUUAGCAAGCCGGAAUUCUCCCAACCUCUCGUGACAGCGCUACAGCUGGCACAACUAGCGGUAUUGCAGUCCUGGGAUGUGCGAGCAGAAGCCGUUAUAGGUCACUCUUCUGGUGAAAUAGCAGCCGCGUGUAGCGCAGGACUCCUUACACCCAGGCAGGCUAUUCUGAAUGCGUAUUUCAGAGGACUCGCAGGUAAAAGUGCUUUGGCAACUAGUCCGAAGGGCAUGAUGGCUGUGGGACUCGGUGCACAGGAUGUCCAGCCGUACAUUGAGGGCGUACGUACAGACGUGGUAAUUGCUUGCUACAACAGCCCUGCUAGUGUCACUCUGUCCGGUUCUGCCUCCACAUUAGCGGAGCUGGAAGGGACCAUCAAGGCAGCUGGACACUUUGCCCGAAUGUUGCGAGUUGAGGUGGCAUACCACUCGCAUCAUAUGACCAAGAUAGCCAACCGCUACGAAGAGCUACUAAACGAGCACGGAAGGCUUGAAGAUGGCAGCAAAAGCAAGAAGACCUCGAAUCAUAUGAUCUCAACUGUGACUGAGGAUGAGGUUACUGGAGCUCAGGUCUGUAACGCUGCAUAUUGGAAAGCGAACAUGCUGUCACCCGUCCGAUUCGACGGGGCUUGCAACAAGAUGUUAAUAAACAAGAAACUUGCUCCCAAUUUCCUCAUAGAACUUGGGCCAAGCAACACGCUCGCAGGACCAGUCACCCAGAUUGCCAAAGCAGCCAAGAUUGACAACCUCACGUAUGCUGCAGCGAAUAAGCGUGGCCUCGAAGAGAGCGCCCGCGCAAUUUUCGACGUUGCAGGCAACCUGUUCCUGCAGAAUGCCGAUUUCUCACUUGACAAGGUGAACAUCCGCGACAAUACACCAGAUAAGGUGAAGCCCGCGCUGAUCGUCGAUCUUCCCAACUAUCAGUGGAAGCAUUCUACCCACUACUGGCACGAGAGUCUGGCCAGCAAAGACUGGAGGUUCAAGAAAUUCCCGGCCCAUGACUUGCUUGGUAGCAAAGUUCUCGGCACACUGUGGCAGAGCCCUUCCUGGCACAGAAUGCUCCGUCUGUCCGAUGUGCCUUGGCUGCGGGACCACCGGAUUGGAUCAGAGAUACUCUUUCCCGCUGCUGGCUAUCUUGCCAUGGCCAUGGAAGCUGUUCGCCAAACCGCCUUGUCGACUGCAACAGCUCAAGAUCGAGAUGUCCUGAAGACGAGAAAGUACCGUUACUGCCUUCGGGAUGUACAAUUUCCUCGAGGACUGGUGCUCGAGGAUGAUGUCGAAAUCCACAUCAUGCUUUUACUAAUGAACCUAGAUGCAUCAUCGUCUCGAGCACCAGAGGAUAUAUGCAGCUUGCCUUUGGAUAACCCGACACCUGGACAGAUGUGGUACAAGUCUCUAAGCGACGCUGGAUACUCUUAUGGUCCCGACUUCCAGAAACUGGUAGCAGUCGAGGGCACGGAGGGAAAGUCAGCCUCGCGCUCUCUUAUCUCUUUGGAACCGCCACGAUCCAAGUGGGAGCCGCAGUCAGAAUACCCACUGCACCCGGCUCCUCUGGAUAGUGUUCUACAGAGCAUGUUCCCCUCGCUUCAUCGUGGAAAUCGAACUAAACUAGACCAGCUACUCGUUCCCAGAGGAAUCGGUGAACUAACCGUCUCUGGUCACACCUGGAAGUCCGGAGAGGCAGUAUCUGUGACCACCUGGAACAAUGUGUCGGGAGACGCGUAUUUGUACGAUCCUGCCAGUGGAUCGCUAAUUAUGCAGCUCAACAGCGUGUCAUUCUCUCCCAUGUUGGAUGGCCGAGAAAGUAUUUACAUGUCACAUAUUUAUACCCAACUGAGGUGGAAGCCAUAUAUCCAACUUUUGGAUACAGAUGAGAAGCUCCAACAAGCACUCCGCGGUGGUGAUGGCACUGCUUCUUCCCAUGUACAGGAGAUUCUAGAUUUGGCAGCUCACAAGGCGCCUAAUUUGAGGGUUCUCGAGUUCAACCUCGCUCCCGGAAGUUUGGAAUCCCUGUGGCUUGCCAGAGAUCCAAUACCGCGUCCUGUUCGCACUGCCCUUACUGAAUUCCACUUUGCUGCCAACAGCGCUGAUACUGCGCUCGCCGCCCAAGAGAAGUAUGCAGAGUGGCCGGCGGCACGAAUUGCUCGCUUCAGUGUGCUUGAUCCUUUCAGCAAAACCUUUACUGUACCCGCAGGAAGGUCCAAGUUCGAUCUUGUGAUAAUCAGGUGGUCUCAACAUGAAUACUCCGGCGAGCUCGAGACCCUCGCCGGCAACUUGCGCCGUCUUACUUCCGAGGGCGGCAGUGUAAUAUUCUGUGAUCCCGAACAGUCCAGUCCCUCAGAAGGUCGAGGGCAUGAGCACAACCAUUUCCACGCUGCGCUGCAACGCUUUGGUCUCACUAAGGUUCGCCAGACGACGGAUGGGAGUUGCAUUGUCGCAGAGGUCAGCCCUGAACAGAAUCCCUCACUGCACAAUGACUCCAGAGUGGUUAUUGUGCGUUUCUCAGCUGCGCGCUCCACUAUUAUCGACCACACCAUUUCGCAGCUGCGACAAUAUGGCUGGGACUUGACUGAGAUUUGCAUCAAUAAUGAAUCCGGCAAUGGGGUUUCACAACUUCCCCCCAAAUCAACGGUGCUCGUUCUCGACGAAUUGGACCGGCCUUUGCUUGCCACAGCAACAGACCAUGAAUGGACAGCUCUCCAGGCGAUAAUACAGACAGAGUGUAACUUGCUUUGGGUGACGCAGGGCUCGCAAAUCAAGCCUACUGCGCCGCUUAAGGCCGUCGCCCAUGGUAUUUUCCGUACUGUCCGCGCCGAGGUACCCAAUUGUGACUCUGGACGUCGAAUCAGCUACAACGGAGAGUUUGGGCACAAACGUGUCUGCCAUCAAUAUGGCUCUGAGAGAGAUAACUUUAGCGGACAGAUCAUCCCUCCCCAUGGAGGUGCUGGCGUGGUCGUCCGCGUAGGCGACUCCGUCAGCACUCGCUAUGUCGGUCAGCGCGUGGCAGUGUUUGGCAGAGGCUGCUUUGCCAACAGAGUGACCGUCUCAUGCAAAGUUACCUUUCCUUUGCCUGAUGCUAUGUCGUUUGAGGAGGCUGCGACGCUACCAAUCGCCUUUCUCACCGGUUUAUACGCACUUGGUCAACUCGCACAUGUACAGGGAGAUGAUCGCGUCUUGGUCCAUUCAGCUUUUACUGAUGUCGGGAUCGCCUGCAUCCGACUCUGCCAGCGUUCGGGUUAUACUACCUUCGCGACGGUGGGCAGCCUGGAGCAACGCCAUUUUCUGACUCAGGAGCUUGGACUACCGGAAGAUCAUAUCUUCAUGUCGGAGCCUGCAGCAUUUCCUCGCGCUCUACACCACGCUACCAAGGGCCAUGGACUUGACGUUAUCAUCAGUCAGCCUACGAAUGGCAAUCUGGACUAUGAGAAUGCGCGGUUACUUGCCCCUGCCGGACGACUUAUCGGGAUAACAAACGGAGGCGCCGAUGUUGGCAGUUUGCUUAUAACGGGAUCUCUCGCUCCUAACUGUUCUUUCCAGAGGUUGGAUAUAACAGCUUUACCAGAGAGAACUAUCGAAUCAGUGGAAACUCAUAUUUGCAGUGUGUUCUUGGAGCUGUCUCGGCUCGUUACAGAUGGCAGAGUGCAGCCCCUAUUACCAAGCACACUUUUGGGUUAUGAAGAGAUACCCAAGGCACUUCAACUUCUUCGAGAAGGUACCCACGUCGGAAAGAUCGUUAUUUCAGACAAGCAUGGCACGAAGCUUGCUGUUCCGACCCGACCUGCAACGACCAUGGCACAGAGUCUUAUUAGCCCUGGCCACUGUUAUCUCUUCGUGGGUGGUUUGAAAGGUAUCUGUGGUAGUCUUGCCAUCCAUUUGGCCUCCCACGGGGCCAAGAACAUCGCCGUCAUGUCCCGCAGUGGUUCUGGAGACCAGGUAUCCCAGAGCAUCGCUCGAAACAUCAGAGCACUGGGGUGUUCUCUUGACUUGCUUCAAGGCGAUGUCACUUCUAUCAGCGACGUCAGGCGGGCUUUUAGCCAAAUCUCGGUUCCCGUUGGUGGAAUCAUCCAAGGAGCCGCCGUAUUCAGAGUGACGGGCACAUCCAAUCUACAUACAGUCUCCCUCGAAACAAAACAACCGAUCUCAUUCUUCACCAUGCUGUCUUCCAUUUCCGGCGUGAUAGGCCAGAAGGGACAAGCCAACUACGCCGGUGGUAAUGCAUUCGAAGACGCCUUUGCAGAGUAUCGCCGCGCAUCGGGGUUGCCCGCCAUUAGCAUUGACCUCGGACCCAUAGAAGACGUCGGCAUCAUUCACGGUAACGAAGACCUACAGAACCGGUUUGACGGAAGCACUCUGCUUAGCAUCAAUGAGGGUUUACUGCGCCGAAUCUUCGACUACUCUAUCCUUCAGCAACAUCCAGAUCCACAUCACCGUCUGAACGUCACGAGCCAAGGCCAAAUGAUUACAAGUCUACUUGUUCCCCAGCCUGAAGACAGUGAUCUGCUCAGAGAUGUCCGCUUUAGGGGCUUGCGAGUCCUCGGAGAGGAUAGUCCACGUUCACGACGGGACGCUAGCAAAGAUAAAGAGAUACAGAGCCUCUUGUUUCUGACCCAAUCCCAGGAUCCCGAUCGUGCAGCCGUGCGCGCCGCAGCUAUCACGGUUGUGGGUGCGCGGUUGGCAAAGCAGCUUCGCUUAACUGAUGCGGUCGACUCGGCACGUCCCUUGUCUUACUACGGGUUAGACUCACUGGCGGCUGUAGAGCUACGGAACUGGGUGCGUAUGACAUUGGCGACAGAGCUCACCACAUUGGAUGUAAUGAAUGCGGCCAGCUUGGGAGAAUUGUGUGAUAAGGUCGUCGGGAAAAUGGGAGUUGGCAUGUAG